GUAGCUUUAGAAACCUGGUUCGCCUCUCUUUGAGUCCAACCUUUCAGCGUUGUCGCUGCCUGCGUAGGAGAGGAAACCGGGUCAGGAGCUUCAAAAGCCGUCUUCGUUCAACCUUCUUGGGGCAGAACGUCACUUCCCCAGUGCGAGAACCUCUGUCUUCCACGCUCCUCUCCCAGCCCCUCGUUUUAUUUUACAAAACCGACCCCUGUUGGCUUUGAUCGGGAAGCCACGACCACCAACGUGGAUUUGCUCCUGCCAAUGAAGAGAUGUUGAAGGAAAAUUAAGAACCCCUUGCUCUCCGAAUCCGGUAAAGACAUUUCUCACAAAUCGCCCACCAAAACCACCCCCCAAAAUGCCCAACCCGGCAGGCCACCUGCCUUUCUACUACGGAAGCAUCUCCCGCUCGGAUGCCGAGGAGCACCUCAAGCUGGCUGGCAUGCCGGAUGGCCUCUUCCUGCUGCGCCAGUGCCUUCGGAACUUGGGGGGCUACGUCCUCUCCGUCGUCCACAAACUCCAGUUCUACCACUACCCCAUCGAGCGCCAGAUGAACGGCACCUUCGCCAUUGCCGGGGGAAAAGCCCACUGCGGUCCGGAAGAACUGUGUGAAUUUUACUCCAAGGAUUCCGAUGGGCUUUGUUGCACCUUACGGAAACCUUGCAAUCGCCCCGACGGGUUGGACCCCCAGCCGGGAAUUUUUGACAACAUCAGAGACAACAUGGUGCGUGAAUACAUACGCCAGACAUGGAAACUGGAGGGCGAGUCGCUAGAGUUGGCCAUCAUAAGCCAGGCUCCCCAGGUCGAGAAGCUCCUGGCAACCACAGCCCAUGAAAAGAUGCCAUGGUACCACGGCUGCAUUACCCGGGAACAAGCCGAGAGCAGACUCUACUCAGGAUCCCAGCCAGACGGGAAAUUCUUGCUGAGACAAAGGCAGGAGAAAAGUUCUUACGCCUUGUCGCUCAUCUACGGGAAGACGGUCUAUCACUACCGGAUCGGGCAGGAUAAGGCCGGGAAGUACUCCGUGGAAGAGGGCACCAAAUUUGACACUCUGUGGCAGCUGGUCGAAUAUCUCAAACUCAAACCGGAUGGGCUGAUCUACUAUCUGAAAGAGAGCACCCCCAAUCCGGAUGUCCCUUCAGCGGCCAUGGCGCCGGCAUUACCCGCCCAUCCUUCUGUGUCGGCCCCUCAGAAAUUCAUGUCUCAAAACUCCGACGGAUACACACCAGAGCCCAUCGGCAUAGGGAAGAAGACCCGGAUCCUGCCCAUGGACACGUCUUGCUACGAGAGCCCAUACAGUGAUCCGGAGGAGCUGAAAGACCGGAAGCUCUUCCUGAAGAGGGACCAUCUCAUUAUUGACGAAGUGGAGCUUGGGGCAGGCAACUUCGGAAGCGUCCGGAAAGGGGUUUACAGGAUGAGGAAGAAGCAGAUCGACGUGGCCGUUAAGAUGCUGAAAGGGGGCAACGGGAAGGCCGAAAGGGACGACAUGAUGAAGGAAGCCCAGCUCAUGCACCAGUUGGACAACCCGUACAUUGUCCGUGUGAUUGGGGUCUGCGACGCUGAGGCCCUCAUGCUGGUCAUGGAGAUGGCGUCUGCCGGGCCCCUCAACAAAUUCCUGUAUACCAAGAGAGACGAGGUUCCGGUGAACAACGUGGUAGAACUGAUGCAUCAAGUGGCGAUCGGGAUGAAAUAUCUGGAGGAGAAGAAUUUCGUCCACCGAGAUCUGGCCGCCCGGAAUGUCCUUCUUGUGAACCAGCACUACGCCAAGAUCAGUGAUUUCGGGCUCUCCAAAGCCCUGGCGGCUGACGACAGUUACUAUCUGGCGAAGACGACCGGGAAAUGGCCCUUGAAAUGGUACGCCCCGGAGUGCAUCCUUUUCCGGAAGUUCUCGAGCAAAAGCGACGUCUGGAGCUACGGGGUGACCAUGUGGGAGGCCUUCAGCUACGGCCAGAAGCCGUACAAGAAAAUGAAGGGGCCUGAGGUGAUGGCGUUCAUCGAGGGAGGGAAACGGAUGGAGUGCCCCCUACGGUGUCCCCCAGAAAUGUACAAGCUGAUGCAGCUGUGCUGGACAUUCAAGUGGGAAGAUCGGCCAGAUUUUGCUGCCGUGGAGACACUAAUUCGCACCUAUUAUUACAGCAUUGCGGUGAAAGUAGAGGAAAAUCUGGAAGACGGGGUGAAAAUCACCCCUGCUUAGCCCUGGAUGAUGGAAAGAUGACACAAGACAUACGUACAACAUCCCCCCACACACAUGCAUGUAUCUCCACUGACUGCCACCACCCAGCAACUCUAGAAAUGGGUCACGUGCAGAGUUCUACUUUGGGACUUCUCGUUUUCAGUCCAGACUUCACAACGGAAUGGGGAAGAGUUAGGGUUGUGCUGCCCCCUAGUGGUGUAUUUCGGGUUAGCAACAAUCAUUGUGACACCUCGCUCCCCCCCAGCCACUAUCCCCUCAACGGAAAGUCCCCUAAACACACCAAUGUGAGGUUUUGGCCCAACAAACGCAUCAGGCGUUAUCUUCUCCGCGAGGAGCGGGUCUUUUGCAAAGCUAACGGCUCUCGAUUGCCUAUUCACAACCAAACCACCUUAGAAUACUUUGCCUCUUGGUUCCAUCACCCCACCUGACACCCCAGUCAUUGAUCUCCACUGGAACUGGGAAUAUAUGUCUCCCCCGACUUCUUUCCUGUUUCAAUGGACAAGAUGACCACUGUUUUCAGCUCCUUGUGCAUUCAAAGAAGGUGAAUUGGUGGCAGCUUUUUGUGUGUUCAUUUCCAACCUUCUUUUCCUUUUCUCUUACAGUAGGACCCCUGUAUCCACAAGAAAUCCAUUCAGAACCCCUCACCAAAUGCUGACAAUCGAGGAUAAUAGCAAACACAAUUUUGAUAGUGAAUGCUACAUAUAAUUCUGGUAACUUCAUUGUUAGAAAUAUAUAUUUAUGGGAUUUUUCUUUUAACAUUUUAAAUAUCUUCAGACUGUGGAUAAGUGAAUCAGCGGAUAUUGAACAUGUGGAUAAGGGGUUCCCACUGUGCAAUAAGUGUGAGUGUUCACAUUGAAGUGUGCAUUUAAAUAAGCCUUUUAAAGCAUGCACAGGUGGAACACUUGUAUUCUCUGCCUCUCAGCCUGACCUACCUGUACAGGGUCAUUGUGAGCAUGCAGAAAGGACAAGCAGAGCUGCAUAUACCUCGCAAGGAAUGUGUUCCUCUCCAGGCAAUAACCACAAACCUCCACU